CUCUAAAUUAAACAAGUCUAAUAAAAGGUGGAGAGGAAGGUGAAGGGGAAGGGUAGAGAAAGGAGAGGGAACACACCGACCCUUUCUUACCUGUCUGUCAGUUUUUUACUAUUCCUAACAUGCUUUCUUCUCUUCUUCUUCUAUUCUUCCAAUCUGCAACUUUUUUUUCUCUCUCCUUUUCUCACUGUUAACUCCGGACAGAUCUGCUCUACCGCCGGUCUAAUUUUCCGGCAGUGUUACUUCCUCUACAGGAAGGAAGCUUUGCAUUACACCUCCAGACCUGUAAUGCUUCCAUAUUUAGUAGUGAUAAAAGAGAAGAGAAAAUGAAUCGGAGCUUCAGAGAUUCUUUGAUCACCGGGAAGAAUUUCCCUAUCUCUUCGCAGCAUCGGCGAGGACUUAGUCUUAAUGGAGCUUCUAGGGAGCCCGACGAUCAUUUGGAUCUCUUCUCCAAAAGUCGCCGGAGUGUUUCUGUUGCCUCCUCCGACGAGACUGAUGUUACGGUUAAGCUGGGAAGGCUUUCAAUUGGAUCAGUAAAACAAUUAAAGAGUGGAUUAGAGGAUCCGUUGGCAUCUACGGAAGGAGAGAAACAUGAUUAUGAUUGGCUCCUCACUCCUCCAGGAACACCUCUUGUUCCUACAUCAGAUGGAAGUGAAUCAAAACCAGCUUCAGUGGGUCCAAGGGGCAGCUCAUUGGGAAGAUCUUCUUCCACUACUAAGGCUUCAAGGCUUUCAGUGUCUCAUUCAGAGAGCAACACUCCUGCAAGACCAACUCGGAGUAAUUCAGUAACUCGACCUUCCAUUUCUAGCUCUCAGUAUAGUACUUACUCAAAUAAAUCAGGCUCUAUUCUAAACACAAGCUCUGCAUCGGUCUCCUCCUAUAUUAGACCAUCUACACCAACCAGGCGUUCAUCUUCUUCAGCCAGGCCUUCCACGCCGACCUCCCGUGCAACAGUGUCCAGACCUUCGACUCCUUCUAAAGCCGGCCAAGCACCAAGUACUUCUAGGCCAACCCAGAGCUCAAGACCUUCUACUCCAACAUCUCGGCCCCAAAUAUCGGGAAACUUGAAUACUCCUUCAAGGCCUACUUCAAGGCCUUCAACACCUACUCGUCGGACUAUAACGCCUUCAUUAUCUCCAGCAUCUAGAUCUUCAACUCCAGCAGGGCGCCCUGUCACCAAUGGACGAACUGCAGCUUCUCUUUCUCGUCCAAGCUCCCCUAGUCCCCAAGUUCGGCGACCAUCGCAGCCAAUAGUUCCCCCAGAUUUUUCACUUGAAACACCACCAAACCUACGCACAACACUGCCAGAUAGACCACUGUCUGCUGGUAGGUCCAGGCCGAAUCCUUCUGUCACUACCAAGGGUAAUGCAGAAACUCCAAGCGUUGCAAAUCCUCGAAGACAGUCAUCCCCCAUUGUUAGCAGGGGAAGACUAACAGAGCCCGCUGGUAGAGGACGAGCGCUUGGCAGUGGGCAGCUAAGUGAUAUAUCUGAUUCCCGCAGGGCUUCACAUGUCUCAGAGUUGUCUACAAGGAAGCCUGUAAAGAUUGCUGCGGACAACAUGGGACUUGGAAGGACAAUUUCUAAAAAAUCCCUUGACGUGGCAAUCAGGCAUAUGGAUAUUAGAAAUGGUAAUGGUGUUCGUCCAACUUCUGGUUCAACUCUCUUUCCUCACAGUAUUCGAUCCACAAAUGGGAAAGGCCAGCCUUCUCAUGGUUCGACUGGUGCAUCCUCUUUCAAUGAGAAUGCAUCUUACCACUACAAUGGUAAUCUUCCAGAAAAUGGUAAUUACCUUAACAGAUCAUCUGAGAACGGGAGUGAAGAGGCCAAGUCUCAGCAUUCAGCAAAAUUGACAGAUAUUGAUAUUUAUGAGAGUUCUCGUUACGAUACGCUUCUGCUGAAAGAGGAUAUGAAAAACACGAAUUGGUUGCACAGUAUUGACGACAAGUCGGACCAAGAAACCAUAUUUGGUAACGGGUUCGAGUUGCUGCCUGAACCUUUUAGCCCUUUGCAAUAUUUGUGAAGUGAUAUUCCUUUGUGUUAUUAAUAAUUUUUCGUUUUGAGUUUUAUUUGUUGGUAAAAUCAUUUGUUUGCAAAAGAAGAUAAGAAGAUAUGGAAUGUGGCAAAUUAGCCCAUGAGGACUGUGAAAGGCAACCUACUAUAUCUAUUUAGUUUCCAUUUAUUAUGCAAGCAAAAGGAAAUCUUUUUUUUUCUCAUUCCAUGUGCCACAUGAAGGUGGUUGCGUCAAAUUAUGGAUGUUAGUAGAUCUUAUCCAGUUGAAAUGAAGCCUUUACCAUUGUA